GCUGCCAGAGGAGGGGUUUGGGUGGGAGCUCGAAUAAGCUGGGGUGCCCAAGGCGCGAGCCGGAGGUCCCCAGCAGACAGGUGAAGGUACCAAAGCUGCCUUGCGAGUGAAUGGGGGUUGGACAGCAGGCUCUGGCUGGGAAGUUCAUCCACUCUCUAGCUACCACUGUUUCCUGUUCUCUCCAGGUCAGCUGGGCCCAGAAACUGGAGCUUAUGCUUCUGGUCCUUGUGUCUUCCAGCGGCGCGACCCGGCUCAGCAGCGGCCCCAAGGAACUUGGGCAACCGCUGUCCAGGCCUCCAUCCCCGGCUGCACAAACAGGAAGUCCCGAGACUCUGGGGCGGGCGACCCCUCUGCUUGGGACAGGAGCCAGCUAAGUUUGCCUGACCUCCGUCAACCAGGCCCUGCACACUUGAUCCCAGCCCAGCUUUGCCUUUGCUUUGCUGUGUGAUCUUGGCACCCUGCCCAGGCCCACAGCCAUGGCCACGGCCCAGAAGCUCAGCCACCUCCUGCCCAGUCUCCGACAGGUUAGCCGGGAGCCCCAGCCAUCUGUGCAGCUAGAGCCCAUCUUCACAGUGGGCCGAGCGGAGGUGCCACCCCUCUUCUGGAAGCCGUACAUCUACGUAGGCUACCGGCCGCUACAUCAGACCUGGUACUUCUACUUCCGCACGCUGUUCCAGCAGCACAAUGAGGCGGUCAAUGUCUGGACCCACCUGCUGGCGGCCCUGGUGCUGCUGCUGCGGCUGGCCGUGUUUGCCAGGACUGUGGACUUCUGGGGAGACCCUCAUGCACUGCCCCUCUUUAUUAUCAUCCUGGCCUCCUUCACCUACCUCUCCUUCAGUGCCGGGGCCCACCUCCUGCAGGCCAAGUCUGAGUUCUGGCAUUACAGCUUCUUCUUCUUGGACUAUGUAGGGGUGGCUGUGUACCAGUUUGGCAGCGCCCUGGUGCACUUCUACUAUGCCAUCGAGCCUGUCUGGCAUGCCAAGGUGCAGGCCUUUUUCCUGCCCACGGCUGCCUUUCUUGCUUGGCUCUCCUGCACUGGCUCCUGCUACAACAAGUUCAUCCAGAAACCAGGCCUGCUGGGCCGCAUUUGCCAGGAGGUGCCCUCAGUACUGGCCUAUGCGCUGGACAUCAGCCCUGUAGUGCACCGCAUCUUGGUGUCCCCUGGCCCUCCCAUGGAUGACCCAGCCCUUCUCUACCACAAGUGCCAGGUGGUAUUCUUCCUGCUGGCUGCUGCUUUCUUCUCUACCUUCGUGCCUGAGCGCUGGUUCCCCGGCAGCUGCCACGUGUUUGGGCAGGGCCACCAACUGUUCCAUGUCUUCUUGGUGCUGUGCACGCUGGCUCAGGUAGAGGCUGUGGCGCUGGACUAUGAGUCUCGGCGGCCCAUCUACGAGCCUCUGCACACCCACUGGCCCCACAACUUCUCUGGCCUCUUCCUGUUCACUGUGGGCAGCAGUUUCCUCACUGCGUUCCUCCUGAGCCAGCUGGUACGGCGCAAACUUGAUCAGAAGACCAAGUAAAGGGGGUUGCAACUGGUAGAGAAGGGGAAACAAGGUAUAGUGGGGAGAAAAGGGUCUGGGCUUGGCUCCAGAUGGGGACAAGUCCUGGUAAAGAUGUUUGUGUCUGGCC